AUGUCUACUGAAACACAAGAAUUCGUUUACUUCGAUUGGAUAGAAAGGGCAAUAUCAGAAGAUUACAUCAAAUACUAUGAUUAUGCAAAGUUCAUAGGUAAGGAAGAAAUUAGCAAUGGUUCUUAUGGAAAUAUUUCUCGUGCAAACUGGAACAAUUCUACCGUUAUGGUUAUAAAAUCUUCUUACGUUUCAGAUAUUAAAGAAAUCGUUAAUGAG